AUGCCAGUCACCAUCAAACCGUCGAGCUGCACCGCCGUAGCUUGGGAUAAUCGGGAGAAGUCUCACAGAUUCACGCACGCGACAUCGCCGGAACAGCUAUUGUCGUUGACUACAAGCGAUGAUAGCUAUGUCCGAGGCAAGAGCGACGGUGCAGCGGAGAAAAGGCGCACCCUGGUCCAGAACUCCUUCGCCCAACCAGACCAGAAAUCGGCCCUCUUCGCAGCCAAGAACGGGCUGGUCUUCGCCUGCCUCGAGGCCUACAACGACCAUCACAACCUUGUCAUACGCCCGGACGACGUCUGGCUGGCCAUCCUCACGCAGCUGAGCGCGUACGUCAACGCCAACGCGGAGGACCUGCGCGACCUGUUCGUCGACCACUCCGGGCAGAAGGGCCUGCAUAUCGAGGCCGAGCUGAAGGGCAUCGACCACGGCCGCAUGGCGUUCCUCAUGUCCGGGCUGAUGGCCGACGGCAUGAAGGACCCGAGCCUGCGCGGCUGGGUGCUGCCGGCCUUCUCGACGACCGACAAGAACGACGAGGCCGUCGCGAGCAUCGUCUUCAUGGGCACGAUGCAGAAGUACUUCACCUACAGCUGGGGCACGCGCUGCGGCAUCCCCGCCGUCACCCUGCUCGGCGAGGCGGACGACUGGGUCGAGAUCGCCCAACGGUGCGCGGACCGCCUCGGCUCCGGCGGGUUCGGCGAGGGCGCGAGGCGGUGGUACCGGGCGCUGCAGCCGGUGCUGGACGGGUUCCUCGAGACGUUCCGCGAUCCCGACGGCGAGGCGGCCCUGGCGUUCUGGCAGGGCAUCGUCAACAAGCACGACCCAAACGGCAGCGGCACCGUUGCAUACUCUGGGUGGAUCACCGCGUUCUGCUACUGGAACGAGAAGGGGGAAUGCCUGCACGAGCAGAAACACGGAGCCGGCAGCCGCGGCCCCAGGUUGACGAGGAGCCAGAUCCCCAUGGGGUUCUCGAAGGUGCCGGUCACUUUGAUGAACGACGGGAUAACCAUUCCCACGGAAAUGGUCGCUGGGUCGGUGGCGAUCAAGGCGGUACAGUCUCGGGGCGAGCCGCCACCGAGUGAGGGAGGUGUAAGGAAGUCGCGGCGGGGUGUUUUCGACACGAUCCAGCCGGAGUCCGGCUGGUUUAUGUAUUUGACUUGA